CUUCAGCUGUGAAAGGUCUGCUGCUUAACACUUACUGUAGCUCAAACACACAGUGAGAGACUAAUGGUUAGUGGUCAGUGAGCCCUUUACAGUGAGUAGUGUUUUCAUUCAGUCACAGGUUUUCCACUGGUUCAAGAUUUAACUCUUGCAGGAUGGAAACAAGGAGUAUCCAAAAGUGAUAUUUCACUAUUGUUUGAACCCAUCAGCAUCAUCUGUGGACUUUCUAUUCCCUCCAGUGUGUUAUUUCUGAUGUAUUGCAUGCUUGUAUAUCCUGUGACCUUACAUACUUAAUCCUGCCAGCCAUCUUGGUAUGCCAAAGUUAAUGUUGCAAGCAAGAACCAGAUCAGUGAUGACAACAGGAAAGUUACUUUACAUUUUUUUCUAUGUCAAACUUGAAGUUCUGUGCACGUUGGCGUUUUUUCAUGUGUCCUUUAAAUUUUGGAUCCUGGCUACAACGGCUGAUUAAAUUGUUCAGUCUCUUCUUUAAGCUGCAACAAACAGACAAAGAAAAUGAAUGCUUACCAACGUUUGUCCUUGACCAUUGUAAAGCUCCUGGUGAUUUUGGAGCACCGUGUCUUUAAAGAGCGCACCUUGAAGUAAGUUCAUGGCACAGGAAAAGACAACAUUUGGCUCAGACUGACUUGCAUGACUUGAUGGACAUUUGCCUCAAUGUCUAAUGAGGACGAUUGUGAUGGAAACCGCUUUCUUGCAACAGCAGCUUGUUUCAUGUUUUUUUAAAAAAACAUGCUGUGUAAUUGCUCACCAUCACAACCUGUCUCCUUUCGACUUUGCGUUUCAAUUCUGAAGCAGCUAUUUGUUUUCUGCAGGCCAUCACCUAUAGCCCAUUUUUCUUCAUCCUCAUCAGUCAAGUUUUGGGGCUCAAGGCUUCAACAACACAGCUCAUAGCCGUGGUUGUUUCUCACACCACGCCACUGGUAUGGUUGUUGAUGGGUUUUGUACAUGACAACCAGAAAUCCUGGACACAUUUACAAGAAUAUUGGUUAAACUUGACAACCAUCUCCAGUGAAUCCGGUUCAUCUAGUCAAGUGAUUUUCUUACUUUUUCUUCAGGGCCUUUUACUUGAUUUGUUAACUACUGAGGCUGCCCUAGAGCCACUGUCUCACAUGCACGUAAAUUGAAACAUGUUCUGGCAAUUUUGUGUCUGCCGAGGUUUUUGAACCCUUUUUGGAAAUUUGCCAGCUCAGGGCCUUGUAAGAUUUCUGGACAUCUUAUGCUUUGGCUUUCAUUUGACCAAAAGUUGCAGCGCUUCCAAGUAAAGUGCAUUUAAAUGAAUUUUUUUUUUACGUUCUAUGAGGGAGCCAAUCGCAAGAGAUCUUGAAGAUUCAUGCAUUGAUGGGACGGUUUGAUAACUGACUUCACACUCGAUGCCUGCCUCAGGCCUGGAAGACAAAUAAUGCACAAGCAUGGACAAUGCUUGGACAACUAAGCCUUACAGAUGCUAAUACUUUGUUCACGCUGUGUAGCGACAGUAACUUGGCAGCAGCUUUAAUCCUUUUGUCAGUGUCUACACUGGGUUGGUGUGGGGUCAGCUGUGUUUUGGCAGAGCUCAGUGCCCAAUAAACAACCCUUGUAGUUAUGCAUGCAAGGAAAAGUAACUCGGACAUUGGUCACUGUCUUUUGGUUAUCUUGGUAAUGCUGAAGAAAACUGGAUUCUGCUUCUCUGCAUACGGAUAUCCAUUUUCACAUUAAAUCUUGUCUUUAAAAGUGAAUACAACCUUCUCCCAGGAAGACAGCUUAAUAUAUACAGUUAUGUUUAAAAAAAAUACUUUUGAAAAACUGACAAGCAGGAGGACACAGCUCUGUCUCCUCACCUACAUUAGUUCCUUAUGCACUAACUGAACAAAACUUUUACUGCACCUUAAGUGAGCUUUGGUUUUGGUUAACCAUUAUGUGUUAAAAAUGUUUCCAUGAUAUAAUCCUUUCUCUGUUUGUAGCAGUGGUGAACUCUAACCAGUGUCCUGUUUACCCAGCACUGAUUGACUUUAUUUCUAUUGCUCUCCUUUUGUUCCUGCCAGAAGGAGGAUGGCCUUGUUGCUGCGGGUAAGUAGACGUCAUCUUCAGCCUUGUCAUUUUGUUCUGCUCUGGCCUUGAGUAUAUUUGCUGUCUGUUCUGGCAGGUAAAUCAGUCCACACACAAAGGUAAAAGAGGUCACUCUAAUCUGUUUCCCGGUUUUAAUGGACAGCAGUUUCAUUCUAGAUCGCAUCUAGAUCAAAUCCUUGUGGAAUCGUACCUGCCCUGAGCCCACAUCGAACACCUUUUGAGAUGAAUGGGAACGACUACCACAAGCCAGACCUUAUUGACCAACAUCAGCACCAACCUCUCUAAUGCUUUUGUGGCUGAACUGGAGAAAAUCCUUGUAGCCAGUUUCCAAAAUCUUGUGGAGAGCCUUCAGAAAAGGGAUUGCUGUCAGACAGCACAGCGUACCGGUAUUUGAGGACAUUUUACAAUAUCUGGAUUACAUGAAGCUUGAUGAGCCGAUCAUUGGUUUGAACUAUUUGGACGAAGUGCCUUGUAAUGACCCACUAGCAGGCCCCAGAUACACAUGUAGGCUGUGUCAUCAGACUGCAAACCUCGCCGAAAUGGUCCGUCAUGUGAUUGGACGUAAACACCGGCAGAAAUAUGUGGAACUGAAACGGCCUGACUUGGUGACCUGGGAUAAACAAUCUAUAAUAACCCAAGGAGGAAAGAUCAUACGAGCCAGAGCAGAGAUAAUAGAGAGACAGGAUGGGCGAGGAACUCCAGUGAUAAUGGCGAAAAAGGGGAAAGAGGGCAAAUUAAACAUCACAAGAGUAGUUCCCCCAAGGCAGAACCAAAAUAGGGACCGAAAUAUCUCCCAGAGUUCGACCCAACAAGACGUGCCACCACAACUCAUGGACUAUCAGAAUGACUACUCUCACCAAGGACGCUAUCCCCCAGGGCACCCAAAUGCACCCUUAUUCCAUCCAGAAGACCCAUACACGUUGGACCGAGACAGGCAGAUGUACCAACGGGGCGAUGCUCUCAGCCAUGACCGUAUGGAAGAACAGCUGCAGGGGGCAGAUUACAGGGACAGUGAUAUGUACAGACGAGAGUAUAUGGACCCUGAUUAUCGUAGGGAGUACGAAGAGGAAUAUGGUGAAGAUCCACAAAGAAGAGCCGUAUUAGAGCCUGGAGGUGUCCCCAGGUAUGACUCUAGGGUAGAGAUGCCCCGUGGACAGGCUCAGCAUGUAGACUAUUACCCAGAAGAAGCCCCUUACAGAAGACCCCAGACAGAAAGAGAUCCGCUGAAGGAGUUCUACACCGAGGAAGUUAGACGAAGGCGACUUCAUUCUGCUGAGCAUCAGCCGUCGCAGCCGGUAUACCCUGAAGGUGAUAACCAUCGGUCGUCUCUGAACAGGGAAUCCGGUAGACAUGACGGUAUGAAUAGAGCAGGUAGGCAGGGAUCGAGUGAACCAGAGGCCAACAGGAAGAGCUUCCCCACACCCCUGGAGAGUGACAGGUCGCGGGACCAUUUGUAUAAUACGAUCAGAGAUUAUUGCCACGAAAUGAAAGAGCCACAUCAGGAGGAGACAGUUGCCAUCCGUGGGCCAGGCAGAACAGGACCCCCUAACUCCCAGAGACAAGUGGAAGUUACCAGGGUCAUUUCUGACAUCCCAGAGCCAUUCAGGCGCUUCCUGAAGGGGGCCGCUAAUGACGAGGGACACGGUAAAAGAAAAAGAAAGAGUCGCUUCUCUGAUGCCACUGCAGAGGAGCUGGAAACCACAAAAGAGAUGUUCAGUGAUGAGUACAGACCUCCAAAUCCAAAGUUUGGCGGCCGCCCUAGACCAGUCAGUGCACCACUGAGACCUGAAAUACAUGGAAUACAACAUCCUGAUCUCUAUGCAGAAUCGCAGGGUCCACAUCAUACUGAAAGCUACCAAAGAGGAGGCUCUGAGUCAGAGGGUGUCUUUGAUAUGCUGAAAAACAUUGAAAUUGAGAAUGCAGAAGAGGCUGAGUUCCUGAAGAACAAACUUUGCGAACUUCUAAAAGAAUUCAAGGCCAAAAAAUCAGGGAACGCCGGGCAAAAUAGCCACAAUAGAACAGUCAUCUCCAAAGACUACAACAACUAUAAGCCAGACCCAGAGCCGUCUCCAAGACCUCAGUAUGACACAAUCCCCAGAGAAGAUUCAGACCUUAGACGAUCAGAAGACCUCUACUUUCAAGAAGAUAAUAGAAGAAGAGGCUGGAAGCAACAUGAGCAUAUACCUGAGGAACAGCUCCAAGAAUACCACCAUCCUGUACGAGGCGAACCCAGACACCCAAACUCAAACAGAAGCCGUUACGAAGAAGUUUUUGGGAGUGCAGAGAUGUCUCUCACACCACGUGCUACACAUCUAGAUCAGCCAGCACGUUAUCCUGAAAGGUUUCAAGAACCUGUGCACCCUCGUGACUACCAGCCUGCUGCUGAGGAGUUUCUGGACUCUCACUCUUCUGCACCUCCCUUCCAAAUGGAACGAGGACCCAGGAUGGACAGGGGGCCCCGGUACUCCAACAACCUGGACAAAAUCACCUCCACACUCUUGGAACUUGUGGCAAGGAAAUAAUUUUCAGAUUUCCUUAGAUGUUGUGUGAGCUAAAUAUCCAUACUUUUAAUGGAAUACUUCAUAAAUAUGAUUUUAUGUUAAUUUUCAUUCUUCCUUAGUCUUUGUUCUUUAGAACAUUUUCUGUAGACAUUUGUGGAGAGUUGCUUCUUAAAAAAAGUGUUUAUGUAAAUAUUAAAACAUUUGUCUAUUUCA